AGGCCCCAGUGUUGAUGUAUGCUGUGCAGAAAGAUUACAUAUACAGUCAGUCACCGGUAAAUAAAGGGAGGCCUGUGCCUUUAAGAACGCGGAGAGGCCGGGGGGCGGGGCCUGAGCUGUAGUAUAAUUACACAGGGAAGCCCGGUGACUCUGUGUGACAGCGACACACCCUCCCGGGCACAGAGAGGCAGCAGCUGGCGGAAGAGAGCAAAGCAGGUGCCAGGAUGAGUGGAAGGGUUGGUGAUCUGAGCCCCAAGCAGGAGGAGGCCUUAGCCAAGUUCCGUGAAAACGUAAAAGACAUCUUGCCCCAACUCCCUCCAUACAGUCAAGAUGACUACUUUCUGCUGCGCUGGCUCCGAGCCCGAAGCUUUAACCUGCAGAAAUCAGAGAGUAUGCUUCGAAAGCAUAUGGAGUUUCGGAAGCACAUGGAUUCUGACAAUGCGCUGGAGAAGUGGCAACCCCCAGAAGUAGCCCAGAAGUAUUUGUCUGGGGGACUGUGUGGUUAUGAUCGGGAAGGCAGCCCUAUUUGGUAUGACGUUGUCGGGCCUUUGGACCCAAAAGGUUUGCUGUUCUCUGCUUCCAGGCAGGACCUUAUAAAGACCAAAAUGAGAGACUGUGAGAGAAUGUACCUGGAAUGCCGUAAGCAGAGCGAGAAGCUGGGCAAAAGAGUUGAAGAGGUUGUGAUGAUCUAUGAUGUUGAAGGUUUGGGAUUAAAGCAUCUAUGGAAACCAGCCGUAGAUUUGUAUUGUGAGGUCUUGCAAAUGUUUGAAGAUAAUUAUCCCGAGGCUUUAAAGAGACUCUUUGUGGUAAAAGCUCCCAAACUUUUCCCAGUGGCAUAUAACCUUGUUAAACAUUUCUUGAGUGAAGAUACAAGAAGGAAGAUCAUUGUGGUAGGAGACAACUGGAAAGAAGUCCUUCAGAAAUACAUUCCAGCAGAAGAACUCCCAAAAUAUUAUGGAGGAACACUGACAGACCCAGAUGGUGAUCCAAAAUGCAAAUCUAAGAUAAAUUACGGUGGGGACAUCCCUAAAUCAUACUAUUUACGGGACCAAGUGCAACAGAACUAUGAGCAGAGUGUGAAUAUCAGCAGAGGUUCCAGUCAACAGACGGAGUAUGAGAUUCUGUUUCCAGGUUGUGUACUCAGGUGGCAGUUCCAGACAGAUGGUGGUGACAUUGGAUUUGGAGUUUACAGGAAGACAAAGCCUGGAGAGCGACAAAAAGCUGGGGACAUGAUUGAGGUGGUAACAAGUGAAAGAUACAACUCCCAUAUGGUACCAGAAGAUGGAACCUUGACAUGCACUGAGCCUGGAACAUAUGUACUUCGCUUUGAUAAUACGUACAGCUACAUACAUGCCAAGAAGGUCAGUUUCACUGUAGAAGUCCUGCUCCCAGACCGAAGCUCAGAAGAGAAGAUUCAGAAACUAGAGGACAAGUUGGAGAGCAGUCUAAACCUCUGAAAAUAUAAUCCUCACUGUAAAGAGCUUGAAAUCUAGCUGUGAAACCUAUGGAACAGCACUGUACAUGACAGCCAACUAAGGUCGUGAAAAUACAAUAAGACGUUUGUCCACCAUGAAAUCUGUUAGGAAUCUCAUGUGCCUCAUUGCAUUUCAGAUAUGAGACCGUUAGCAAAGGCCAGAAUUACCUUUAGAUAAAGCAAAUACUAAUGAAUAGCAAAAGAAUAAUGCUUGAAAUGUGUGCUGAAAGCAGAGAUACUUGAAGCACAGCCCAUUUUGUACCUUUCCUUUAUAAUUGUGAAUAGGCUGCAUAACUCAGAAAAUACAGGGAUAAUGUUUAAAGGCCGUGGACACCUUUGACAUGAAAAAAAAGGUCUGCAACCUUUAUUCCUUGAUUUAUUUUCAGAUUUACAGAUAUACUGUAUGCAACCUGCUCGUAGUAUCAGACGUUUCUCUUAUAGGUAUAUUCCUCCCUAUUAUACAUGCUGGAUUUGAGGUGUGUGAUUCCAAAAUGCUGCGGUAUGCACUAGCUUUCAUGUAUCAGAAUAGCUUUAUUCCCCAACCUCUUUCUACUUUUACAGCUCAUCAGGGACCUUUUAUAUUUUGUGCUGGCAGACACUGAUGCUGAGGAGUAGAAGAAUUCACCCCCUGCAGUCUGCUAAGGAUUCUGCAAUCUAACGUCUUCCCUUUCUAAAUGCCUCCUGUGUGCUUUCCUUCCUACCUGUGACUUGCCCUCCCUGGAUGCUUUCCCCUCUCUCCACACUCUUAUUCGCCAUGUACAACCACUGUCUGCUUAAGCCUAAAGGACUCAUUCACACUUUUGUAUUAAGAUUAGUGUUGAGCGGCAUAGGCCAUAUUCGAAUUCGCAAUAUUUCGCAAAUAUAUGAACGAAUAUUCGUCAUAUAUUCGCUAAAUUCGUAAUAUUCGCGUUGUAUUUUCGCAUAUGCGAAAAUUAGCAUAAACGAAAAUUAGCAUAUGGGAAAAUUAGCAUAUGUGAAAAUUAGCAUAUGCAAAAAUUCGUACGCCAGUUUCACACAGUAGUAUUAGAGCCUUCUUUACACCACACAAGCUGGAAGCAGAGAGGGGUGAUCACUGUGAUGUGUACUGUGAAAGAAAAAAAAACAAUAUUCGUAAUUACGAAUAUAUAGUGCUAUAUUCGCGAAUAUUUGCGAAUCCGCGAAUAUUCGAUAUUCGCAAAUAAAAUUUGUAUUGCGAAUAUUCGCGAGCAACACUAAUUAAGAUCCAUAUUAGCCUAAUUCCGAUUAUUUUCAGUGGGAAAAAAGCUAAUACAUUUAAAUCGUUGUAUUCAUAUUUUUUUUUCCAUUUUUAGCCUAUGAAAGUCGAUAGGUUGAAUUUAAACAUGCAUGUUUUGUGUUUGUGUGUGUGUUUGUUUUGUUCUUUUUAUCAUCUGUAUUCCUGUGAUAUUACAAAAAUAGCAAGUACAAUUGUUAAUCCUUUAAAAAAAAUCUAAUAUAGAUACAAAACCUAUUUUCAUACACAAGUGUGAGUGAACUGGAACAAUGAAAGAAAGCAGGGGGAGAAUAGAGAGCCAAUACAGAUGCAAUGUGCUGCUGAAUGAUAGUCAGAUCACAGCUAUGUGAAGGAGUUACACAGACACUACAUCUGUAAAGUGGUAGAAUUUUUUAUGAAUGCUAUUUAGAAAGCUACCUAACUUUACAUUUAGGAAGCAGGUGAACAAUAAAAAAUAUUCAGGGCAACCAGUCCUGUCUGCCAGUACAAAAGAUAAAUUUAGAUAAAUACAUGGAAGCUAGUGCAUGCCACAGCAUUUUGGAAUCACAGACCUCAAACCCAGCAUGUAUAAUGGGGAGGAAUACUACGAGCAGGUUGCAGGAUUUAGAAUUAUCAAUUUUAAUAAGAUUUUAAUUUAUAAAUAAUGACAGCUAUUUUAUCGGUUACUCAACACUGCAGUAUGUUGGCUAUACUGAUCUUAUUAUUAGCCAAUACAAGGUUCACGAAUCAAUAAAAAAAACUAUGAAUUUACCAUGA